CGGAAAAUGGAUGCAGCGAAGAAACGCGUGGCCAUCGUGGGAGCCGGCCCGAGCGGCCUGGCGGCGUGCAAGCACGCGCUGGCCAAGGGCUUCCGGCCCGUGGUGUUGGAGGCGGGCGGCGCUGCCGGCGGCGUGUGGACGCGGACGCUGGCCUGCACGAGGCUACAGACGCCGUGGACCAUGUACCGGUUCUCCGACUUCCCGUGGCCGGCGGAGGCCGCGGUGGAGGAGUUCCCACGGCACGACAGAGUCCUGGCGUACCUGACGGCGUAUGCGCGUCGGUUCGGCGUCCUCGAUUGCAUCCGUUUCGGGAGCAAGGUCCUCGGCGCCGAGUACGCGGGGGCGCCGGAGAGAGAGGUGGCCGCCUGGGAACGGUGGUCCGGCAGCGGGGAGGCUUUCGGGGACGGCACUGGCGAAUGGCACCUCACCGUCCACCACACCGAAUCGGGAACGACUGAGACGCACAAGUUUGAUUUCCUGAUUCUGUGCGUCGGAAGAUUCGGCGUUGCAAAGAUCCCGGCAUUUCCGCACAAGAAGGGCGGCCCCGAGCUGUUCCGCGGGCAUGUCGUCCACUCCGCGGAUUACUCGCGAAUGGCACACGAGGAUGCCGCUGAGCUGAUCAGAGGCAAGCGUGUCGUCGUGGUUGGCGCCGGCAAGUCAGGCUUGGACAUCGCCGCGCAGUGUGCCCAGGCCAACGGUUCCAAACACCCAUGUACUUUGGUUUACAGAAGUGCCCACUGGCUGGUAGACCUCAGGUUUCCCUGGUGUGCCAAGCUUGGGAAUCUCAUGACCUCGAGAAUGGCCGAGGCGAUGGUCCACAAGCCAGGAGAAGGUUUCGCACGGAGCCUUGUGGCAACACUGCUGAACCCACUGGUCUGGUUGACGGGGAAGCUGGCGGAGAAACUUUACAAGGCGUACAUCCCGACGCCGGAGCACGGGGUGGUGCCAGACUUCAGCCUGACGCAGUCGAUGAGGGCCUGGCGGCUAGCGGUGCUCCCGGAGGGCUUCAACGGCGCGGUGGAGCAAGGCAGCGUCGUGCUAAAAAAGCACGGCUCCUUCAGCUUCUCGGACGACGGGCUGGGCCUGGUGCUGGAUGGCACCGGCGUCGGCGAGCGCGUCGACGCCGACGUGGUCAUCUUCGCCACGGGCUUCGAUGGCGACCGCCUGCUCAAGGACGUUUUCGUGUCGUCCUGGUUCCGCCAGAUAGUGGCUGGACCUUCCAAUUCCAACACGGCGAUGCUUCCGCUCUACAGACACUGCGUCCACCCACGCAUACCGCAGAUGGCGGUCGUCGGCUACCUGGACAGCGCGUCCAGCAUCUAUCCCUGCGAGAUGAUGGCCAAGUGGGUGGCGCACCUGCUCGCCGGCGCGUUCCGGCUGCCGAGCGUGGCCGCCAUGGAGGCCAGCGUGGGGGAGUGGGAGCGGUGGGCGCAGCGCAACAACCGGCGCAACGGCGGCCUGUGCCUCAAAUCCUGCUUCGCCAGCGUCACCACGUGGUACAACGACCAGCUUUGCCGGGACAUGGGGUACGCCACCAAGAGGAAACAGGGAGGAGUCCUCGCAGAGUGGCUGCAGCCCUACGGCCCCGCCGACUAUGCCGGCAUCCAGUGAUGUGCUAGCAGCUAAAAAACUGUAAUGAAACUGUGGCGAAUGUGCACUCUGUCAUUCGUGGACAUUAUUACUAUUUGUCAUAAAAUAAGAUCAAUUCCAUGGCAAAUUAUUGGGAGAUCUGGCUUCUUCUUUUGAUAAUUUGAGAAAUCAGUGUAAUGGGAUUGUGAGA